AUGGCUGAGCCGCUGCUCAGGAAAACUUUCUCCCGCCUGCGGGGCCGGGAGAAACUUCCCCGGAAAAAGUCGGAUGCCAAGGAGCGCGGCCACCCAGCCCAGCGCCUGGAGCCCAGCCCUCCGGAGCCAGAGCCCCAGGCCCUCGAGGGGCCCCAGGCUGGAGCGGAGGGGCCCCCCAGCCCUGAGGCAUCUCGAAGUCCCUCCCGGGGGGCCUACCUGCAGAGCCUGGAGCCCAGCAGCCGAAGAUGGGUCCUGGGCGGAGCCAAGCCCCCAGAGGAGGCCUGUCUGGGGCCUGGGGCACCUGGCAGUGGGGAGCCUGCAGGCGAGAUCUGGUACAACCCCAUCCCCGAGGAAGACCCCAGGCCCCCAGCACCCGAGACCCCAGGGCCACAGCCGGGCUUAGCUGAGCCAGAGGGUGUGGCCCCACAAGCCAAAGCCUCUCGCACCAAGUCCCCAGGCCCCGCCAGACGUCUCUCCAUGAAGAUGAAGAAGCUGCCGGAGCUGCGGCGCCGCCUGAGCCUGCGGAGCACCCGGGCCGGCCGGGAGCGGGAGCGGGAGCGGGCCGCCCCCGCCGGCUCCGUCAUCAGCCGCUACCACCUGGACAGCAGCGUGGGGGCCCCCGGGCGGGCAGCAGUGGCCGGGGGCUCCCGGGGCCUGCGGGCCGGGUACCUCAGUGACGGCGACUCCCCGGAGCGCCCAGCAGGGCCCCCGUCGCCCACCGCCUUCCAGCCCUAUGAGGCGGGCCUAUCGGCCCGGGCGCCCCCGGCCGCGCUCUGGGGCCGCCUCAGCCUGCACCUGUACGGGCUGGGGGGGCUGCGGCCCGCGCCCGGGGCCACCCCGAGAGACCUCUGCUGCCUGCUCCAGGUGGACGGGGUGGCCAGAGCCCGGACCGGGCCGCUGCGCGGAGGGCCGGACUUUCUGCGGCUGGACCACACCUUCCACCUGGAGCUCGAGGCCGCCCGGCUGCUGCGGGCCCUGGUGCUGGUGUGGGACCCGUGUGUGCGGAGGCACCGGCCCUGUGCCCAGGGCACCGUGCUGCUGCCCACGGUUUUCCGAGGGUGCCAGGCCCAGCAGCUGGCCGUGCGCCUGGAGCCUCAGGGGCUGCUGUACGCCAAACUGACCCUGUCGGAGCAGCGGGAAGCACCCAGCGCAGCUGAGCCCCGCGUCUUUGGGCUGCCCCUGCGGCUGCUGGUGGAGCGGGAGCAGCCCCCGGGCCAGGUGCCCCUCAUCAUUCAGAAGUGUGUUGGGCAGAUCGAGCGCCGAGGGCUGCGGGUAGUGGGGCUCUACCGUCUGUGCGGCUCAGCAGCUGUGAAGAAAGAGCUUCGGGAUGCCUUUGAGCGGGACAGCGCAGCAGUGUGCCUCUCUGAAGACCUGUACCCCGAUAUCAAUGUCAUCACUGGCAUCCUCAAGGAUUAUCUCCGGGAGCUGCCCACACCACUCAUCACCCAGCCCCUCUAUCAAGUGGUGCUGGAAGCCAUGGCCCGAGGGCCCCCCAGCAGGGCUCCCCCCAGCGCUGAGGGUACCCGCGGGCUCCUCAGCUGCCUGCCAGAUGUUGAGAGGGCCACACUGACGCUCCUCCUGGACCAUCUGCGCCUGGUCUCUUCCUUCCACACCCACAACCGCAUGACCGCGCAGAACCUGGCUGUGUGCUUCGGCCCCGUGCUGCUGCCAGCGCGCCAGGACCCCGGCAGGGCCCGCAGCCGCAGCUCUGGCCCGGGCCUCACCAACACCGUGGACUUCAAGCGACACAUCGAAGUUCUGCACUACCUGCUGCAGGCCUGGCCAGAUCCCCGCAGAUCCCCAGAGGCCACGGACCUCGCGCCGGACUUGCGGCCCAAACAGCAGCCGCCGCUGCACUUGCCACUGGCGGCCCCGGAAGUAGUGACUCGGCCCCGCGGUCGGGGCGGCCCCGAGAGCCCCCCGAGUAACCGCUACGCCGGCGACUGGAGCGUUUGCGGGAGGGACUUUCUGCCCUGUGGGCGGGACUUCCUCUCCGGGCCCGACUACGACCACGUGACGGGCAGCGACAGCGAAGACGAGGAGGCAGGGGAGCCGACGGGCGCCGCAGACUUCGAGGAUGACUUCGAAGCGCCCUUCAACCCGCACCUGAACCUCAAAGACUUUGAUGCCCUCAUCCUGGACCUAGAGAGAGAACUUUCCAAGCAGAUCAAUGUAUGCCUCUGA